AGGCCGAGGCCCGGAAGCGCCCCGAGGCCGCGGGGUGCCCGGCGUCCGGCCGCCAUGGACGAGGCGGACCGGGGGGCCCUGCGGCGGUGCCGGGUGCGGCUGGUCCGCGAGCUGCAGGUGGCCGCGCUCUGGGACGCCCUGCUGAGCCGCGAGCUCUUCACGGCCGCCAUGGUCGAGGACAUGCAGCAUGCAGGCUCGGGGUCUCGGAGCGACCAGGCCAGGCAGCUGGUCACAGAUCUAGAGACCCGAGGGAGUCAGGCCCUUCCUUUGUUCAUUUCCUGCUUGGAGGACACAGGCCAGGAUGCGCUGGCUUCGUGCCUGAGAAUGAGUCGGCAAGCAGUAAAGCAGAAUCCAGAGGCCACCAGACCCCUGGACCUCAUGCCUGUGGUGCUUGGACCAACGAGACUCACACCAGAGGAUCUCAGAGGGAAGGAUCCAUCAAAGCUGACUCCAGGAAAACUCGCUCCGGUGGUGCUGGGGCCAGCUGAGCUCCAGCCACAGGUUGUCAGACCAUUGGUGCCCAGGCCAACGGACAAUGGUUCUGGACCAUUCAGUGACGUCUGUGUUCAGGAGAUUUCCAAGGGAAAUGGUGAUUUGGCGUACGCCCUGAACGCAGACCCCUGUGGCUACUGCCUCAUCAUCAACAACGUGAACUUCUGCCCCGAAUCGAGGCUCACGGCCCGCGGCGGCUCCAAUAUCGACUGCGAGAAGCUGCAGCGACGCUUCUGUCUGCUGCGGUUCACGGUGGAGGUGAAGCGGGACCUGACGGCCAAGCAAAUGGUCCAGGCUUUGGUGGAGCUGGCACGGCGGGACCACAGCGCUCUGGACUGCUGCGUGGUGGUUGUCCUGUCCCACGGCUGUGAGGCCAGCCACCGCCAGUUCCCAGGGGCCGUUUAUGGCACAGAUGGAUGUCCUGUGUCCAUUGAGAAAAUUGUGAAUAUCUUCAAUGGAACUGGCUGCCCCAGCUUGGGAGGGAAGCCCAAGCUCUUCUUUAUCCAGGCCUGUGGUGGGGAGCAGAAAGACCAUGGGUUUGCGGUGGCCUCCGCUUCCCCUGAAGACAGGAGCCCUGGCAGUGACUCUGAGCCAGACGCUGUCCCGUUCCAGGAAGGCCCAGGCCCCUUUGACCAGCUGGAUGCCGUGUCUAGUUUGCCCACUCCCAGUGAUAUCUUUGUAUCCUACUCCACCUUCCCAGGCUUUGUUUCCUGGAGAAAUCCCAAGAGCGGCUCCUGGUACGUGGAGACCUUGGAUGGUGUUUUUGAGCAGUGGGCUCACGCUGAAGACCUGCAGACCCUCCUGCUCAGGGUCGCUAAUGCUGUUUCGCAGAAAGGAGUUUACAAACAGAUUCCCGGUUGUUUCAAUUUCCUCCGGAAAAAACUCUAUUUUAAAAUGUAAUGAGGCCCCUCACCCUCUCACCCUGCUCUACCGUUCACCUCAAAACCUUCCUGCACUGGGCCCGCAGCAGCUGAGGCCUGGCCCUUCCUGUAACUACGGCUGUCACUCUUCAAAGGGCUUUGUGGCUGCGGUGGGUCUGCUCUUACCCCACCCCCCCCCAGUGGCAGACAGGCUCUUAGCAGCUUCCAAAGUGGGGACAGAUGACCCGCAACAGAGGAAGAGGAGUGGAAGGAUUCCAAGGACACCACGGGACUCUUACCAGGGGCCCUUUCUCCAGCCAGUGGCUAUGGCCUGUGACCCCACUGCCCUCCGGAGUAAGGCUUCUUAGCCUCAGCACUGUUGACAUUUGGGGCCAGAUGAUCCUUCACUGUGGGGCUGUCCUGUGCGCUGUGGGGUGGGUGUGUAGCAGCGUCCCUGGCCUCUACCCACUGGCUGCCAGUAGCACCUUGGUCUGAGCAGUGACAACCAAAGCCAUCCUCAGAUACUGCCACAUGUCCCUUGUUGGGACCCCAACUUGAGAACUAGUGAUCUGUAGGAAAUUUUGGUUACAAACCAGCCAGCCUCUCAGAUCAGCCAGUUUGGAGCUACUAGAGUCCGGUCAGCUGGAAUCUGUGGAUCCUGAAUGAAGUUCUAAAAAUUACCAAUUUUGGGGAUCCCUGGGUGGCUCAGCAGUUUAGCGCCUGCCUUUGGCCCAGGGCGCAAUCCUGGAGUCCCGGGAUCGAGUCCCACGUCGGGCUCCCUGCAUGGAGCCUGCUUCUCCCUCUGCCUGUGUCUCUGCCUCUCUCUCUCUCUCUGCCUAUCAUGAAAAAAUAAAUAAAAUCUUUAAAAAAAAUAAAAAUUACCAAUUUUUCUUA